UUCCCAGAACAAGUCUUUCUUCCUAGUCCAAAAUCUGAAAAUGACCUCCCAUAAUAAGAAGGAAAGAAGUAAUUGCGUAGAAAUGGAUGAUGCUAAAUUACCAAAAGUUGAGGGUCAAAAAAUGAUCGUGUCUGCGGAUGAAGAAGAUACUAGAUACAGAGAGACUACAAUACUAUCGAAUAUAAAUGAAAACAGUAAUGGAAAUGAGUUAAUCUACUCUAUCAAUGACAGACCACCAUGGUAUUUAUGUAUUAUGCUGGCAUUUCAGCAUUAUAUUUUGGCAUUUGGAGGUAUAAUAGCAAUCCCUCUAAUACUUGCUGAACCAUUAUGUGUAAAACAUGACAAUCAUGUCAAAAGUCAGCUUAUCAGCACCAUAUUUUUUGUCUCUGGCAUCUGUACGUUACUUCAAACAACAUUUGGAACAAGACUUCCUAUUCUUCAAGGGGGUACAUUCAGUUUCAUCACACCAACACUGGCAAUAUUAUCAUUACCUCAAUGGAAAUGUCAAGAUUUUGAAACAGCCGAACGUAAUGGAACCGGGCACAAUUUUACAGUUGAUGCAGAAUCGUGGCAAAAACGAAUUCGAGAAAUUCAAGGUGCGAUACUUGUGGCUUCUACUCUGCAGAUUUUACUCGGUUUCUCUGGACUUAUUGGAUUUUUGUUGAAAUUUAUCGGACCACUUUCAAUUGCACCAACCAUAACACUUAUUGGACUCUCAUUAUUUCAUGAAGCAGGGAAGAAAUGUGGUGCUCACUGGGGGAUAGCUGCUUUAACUAUUGGGUUAAUUGUUUUAUUUUCACAAUACCUGAGAAACAUAGCGUUACCAUUUUUAACCUAUACCAAUGGAAAAUGGAAGAUAAUCAAGUAUCCUGUUUUCAAAUUAUUUCCUGUUUUACUGGGAAUGUGUUUAUCCUGGCUGGUCUGCUAUAUUUUAACAUAUUUUGAUGUACUUCCAAAAAGUCCAACACAUUAUGGAUAUGCUGCUCGGACAGAUAUUAACUCUGAUGCAAUAUCCAGUUCUCCAUGGUUUCAUGUUCCAUAUCCAGGUCAGUGGGGCACUCCUACUGUGAGUCUUUCUUCGGUACUGGGGAUGAUAUCUGGAGUGCUGUCCUCCACCGUAGAAUCUGUUGGAGAUUAUUACACUUGUGCAAGAUUAUCAGGAGCACCUCUUCCACCAACUCAUGCUUUAAACAGAGGGAUUGGAAUGGAAGGAAUUGGAUGUAUUUUAGCUGGGAUAUGGGGAACAGGAAAUGGGACAACAUCAUACAGCCAGAAUAUUGCAGCCUUGGGUAUUACUAAGGUUGGAAGUCGGUUAGUAUUGCAGACUGCAGGAGUUCUUUUAAUUAUCCUUGGACUGUUUGGGAAAUUUGGAGCAAUUUUUCUUACUACACCAGAGCCAGUCAUAGGAGGCAUGUUUAUAGUGAUGUUUGGGAUGAUUGCCGCUGUGGGGAUUUCAAAUCUUCAGUAUGUGGAUUUAAACUCCUCUAGAAACCUUUUCGUUCUGGGAUUCUCAUUGUUCAGUGGUCUUGUCAUUCCAACAUGGUUGGCGGAGAACCCUGGGAUUAUUAAUACAGGUAUAAAGGAAAUUGAUCAAACACUGACUGUGCUCCUCACAACAAAUAUGUUAGUGGGAGGAUUCUUUGGAUGUUUUUUGGAUAAUACAAUACCAGGGUCAGAUGAAGAAAGAGGAACCUCGGCUUGGUAUAAACAAAUGCACGAAAGCAAGACUAAUGGCAGUACAGGACAAUCUUGUUAUGAUCUGCCUUUUGUCACAAAAUACCUUAGAAGACUUUCAUGGAGCCGAUACAUUCCAUUCUUACCAACAUUUCAAAUGGAGAGGAAUUAACUCUGCUCUUCCAGUAGAAUGUUUUCCUUACAUUGCAGUAACGUUUUAUAUAAAAUAAUGUGAAGAUACAA